GACUCAACCACACACACACACCGGUGUGUCUGUUUCGGCUUCUAAUAGUUUCCUAUGAAGACAGUGGACUUCAUGGAGAUACCGAAACUAUUCAUAUACUGAACCAGCAACUCGUUGCCACCGGCUUGUCUCUCUUCUAGCCAUGGCCCCCGUUUCAACAUAAAAACGAAAGAGACAGCAGUGCGGGAGUGGAUCACGCCGAGCGGAGCAGCUACAGGCAGUUUUAGCGGAGUCAAAAUGGCGUCUGUUUGCCCACUCAACAGUGCAUUAAUCCAUCUGUGAUUACCCUGAUAGCUGGAUUCAGCAGCCUGCGGUUGGUUUGUAGCUUUUCGGUUUCGUGCACUUGCUGGACGACACUUGAGCAUAAUGUCGGACUCAGAGGAGGACAGCCAGGACAAGCAGCUGAAAAUAGUGGUGAUUGGAGACGGAGCGUGUGGGAAGACAUCACUCGCCACCAGGUUUGCACAGGAGGCCUUUGGGAAGCAGUACAAACAAACCAUCGGCCUGGAUUUCUUUCUGAAGAGAAUAAGCCUUCCAGGCAAUUUGAACGUGACCCUGCAGGUGUGGGACAUUGGAGGCCAAACAUUAGGGGGGAAAAUGCUGGAUAAAUAUGUAUAUGGAGCUCAUGGUGUUCUCCUUGUUUAUGAUAUCACCAACUACCAAAGUUUUGAGAAUCUGGAGGAUUGGUUCAACAUGGUAAAGAAAGCCAAUGAGGAAUCUGAUAUUCAGCCUGUUGUCUUCUUGGUGGGCAACAAAAUCGAUCUGGAGCACAUGAGGACAGUUAAGGCUGACAAACACCAGCGCUUCUGCCAAGAAAACAGCCUCAUCAGUCAGUUUGUUUCGGCCAAGACGGGGGAUUCGGUGUAUCUUUGUUUCCAGAGAGUAGCUGCUGAGAUUCUGGGUAUAAAGCUAAACAAAGCAGAAAUAGAGCAGUCCCAGAGGAUUGUGAAGGCUGAGCUGGUGGAUUACCCUCAAGAUGAAGGCCCAUAUAGACAAGAGAACACUCAACAAAGCAAAAUAUGCUUGGUUCAGUAGCUGAAAGUAUGUUGCUGCUGUUACUUAGUAGAUCUGUCACAACCCUUUUAGAGUGCUUUGUAAUUGUAGGAAACAUUGUGACAUAGUUAUUUGGUCUCAUUAGUUUAGAUGUGAUCUCCACAUAAAGAAAUAGCUUUCCCUUGGUUUAGUCUGCGACAGUGGCUUUAUUUCACCAUAUGCAACAACUCAUUCCUGAAAUAUUGUGUCAGUCUCUAAAAGUCUCUAGAAACAGCUUCCUUUCAUAUAAAGCAAAUGUUGUAGCAG